AUGGGAUCAACAACCAAUUCCCUUGUACUAGAACCAGCAACACUGGAAGAUGUCUCCGACAUCACCGAAGUAUGGUUCGCUGCCUUCACACAACCGGUGAUUGGAAAGAUUUUCCCAAACACUCCCGGUAUGCACCAAUGGCACCGGGAUUGGCACCAGGGGGACAUUCAGAAAUCACACUACAGAUACCUGCGAGUCGUCGACACCGAGUCAAAAGAUGAGCACGGACACCCACGGCUGGUCGCAUUUGGCAAAUGGGACCUGGCUAUGCCGGAUGAGCGAGGUCGUCGCUUUCCGAUUUGGCACGCGGACUCGCCUUAUCAGGAAUGCGAGGAUUUCAUUGAAGAACUAGAGCAGGCUAGGAAGCGCGUUAUGGGCGAUGAGAAACAUUACUACUUGGAUACACUUGGUACUCAUCCUGAUUAUCAACGGCGCGGCGCUGGCUCUAUGCUUGUCCAGUGGGGAUGCGACCUCGCAGAUAAGGAUGGCGUUGCUGCCUACGUGGAUGCCAGCAAGGAGGGUGCAUCGCUAUACCUAAAACACGGCUUUGUGGAUUUCAAUCCGCCCGGCUCGGAAGUGGCUGCGAUGGCUCGUCGUAAGGCGGCUCCAAGCGAGCGCGCUUGA